ACAUUCAGUUGUCAUUUUAGGCACGUCAAAAUUAGGUUAUUUUGUUUUAAGUAAAUGAAAACGACGGUAAACCAAAUCUAAUAAAUAGAAGCUAGAGUUUUAUAAGCUUAAUUUCGUUUCCCUUGAGUUUUUUUAUCGUUUAGAUAUGAAAUCUGAAGAAGUUAAGGAGAUCUUCCUGAAGAUUCUCAAGGAGGAAGAAGAUGUGUCUGCGGCGGUGGCAGCCAUAAAAACUCUGUUAACUGUGAUAGAAAAUUACCAAGUUACCACUAUAGGAGAACUGCAUAACAACCUGCGCAUAGCAGUGGGUGCCAUGAAGGACUGUGACCAACCCGUGACGGGCAUAUCAUCCGGCUGCGAGUUGUUCAUGCGGUUCAUCUCCUUCACCAGGCUAGAUGAGAAGGAUAAGACAUACAAAGAGUGUGAGCAAGUGAUGCUGCAGAGAGGGCGUAUCUUUCUGGACACCCUGUUGGAAGCACGAGGGAAGGUUGCCAAGCAAGCGCUGUCUUUCAUUAGUGAUGGAUGUAGAAUCCUGACACACUCUAGAUCAAGAGUAGUUCUCCAAGCUAUGCUAGAGGCAGCCAAUGCUAACACAAGAUUUGAAGUUUAUGUCACGAUGUCCUGCCCAGACAACAGUGGUGUACAGAUGCACAAGGAGCUGUUGGAGGCGGGGGUGGACGCGACGCUGAUCCUGGACUCUGCGGUGGGGUACAUGAUGGAGCAGGUGGACAUAGUCAUGGUCGGCGCCGAGGGAGUCGUCGAGAGCGGCGGCAUUAUCAACAAGAUUGGCACAUACGGCCUGGCAAUAGCAGCCCUAGAGCUAAAAAAACCGGUGUACGUACUAACAGAGAGCUUCAAAUUCUCCCGGACAUACCCGCUGAACCAGAAGGAUGUGCCCAAAGAGUUCAAAUAUCUCUCCAGUCACAUCAAGUCCGACAAGGACCUCAAGAAAGUGCACCCUUUAGUGGAUUACACGCCCCCGAAAUACUUAACGUUGCUGUUUACUGAUCUCGGAAUACUAACGCCUUCUGCGGUUAGUGACGAACUGAUCAAUCUGUAUUUAUAAUAAUAAUAAGCCUUUUUAUAGGAUUAAAUGUCAUUUACGUA